AUGUCAGCAAAAACGUCUCUUCGAAAUUCUUUAGUCGCCGCCUAUUCUGAUGCAAAUCACCAUUCGAACGUUUAUUAUAAAACUCUGUGCUUACGGCAUUCUCCAUAUGCAAUGCUUAGCACAGCUCUCUUUGUCGUUUUAUUGAUCUCCUUUGCUGGCGCACAAAAUUGUCCAGCAUGCCCGGCGAAUGGCAUAUGGUCGAGUUGGACGAACGUUGGAACGUGCGCUACCACUUGUGGUGCUUGUAGCACCGUUUCUCGAACACGAAAAUGCAUUUCUGAUGAAAUCGGAUGCCCAUGUACUGGUCCGACAGAGUCCGUGGAAGUAUGUGGAACACAAGCGUGCAACUUCCCGCGGGUCAGGGCAAACUCCGUGGACUGCUGUCAAGGAUCUCCAAAACUCCACGGAAACCUUUAUCACUGUGUUCCGCCACCAGAAAAAAAUACAUUGCCGUGUUGCCCGGCUGGCGGAUAUUGGACGAAUUGGAGCAAAUUUACGAAGACACCCAGUCGAAUCGAGUGGACAAGAACCAGAAAGUGCUUAUCUGCAAACCACGGUUGUCCAUGCACUGGCGAAUCAAUGGAAAGACUCAAUAAAUGCCCAUGCAAGAAGCCAUCUGUAGUCCCGUCUUCAGAUACUCGUUGUCAAAAACUUGCACAACUUGCUGGCAAAUUACCAGUUGAUGAAAGUAGAAGACCAGUGAUGAUAGAAAGACCGUCAAAUUGUGAAGCUUAUACUGUGUAUGAAUUCUCAAACUUCCGUCGCCAAUUCAUUUAUAACGGAACCUAUGAUUCGACGAGAGGAGAGGUUGAUGUUUGUUAUAUCGAUGAUAAAGGAAAUGCAGUGUUUGAUUACGAGUCUUACGUGUGGGGAGUGACGGAGAAUGGUGCGAUCGGAAAAGUUUGCAUUCUCGCUGCUCUUGUCGCCAUCGUUGCCUUAUUUGGAUGUGGUGAAUCUCAAUACGUCUAUCCAGCUGCUGCUGCUGCUGCUCUUCCUGCUUACUAUCCAUCCUACUACGGAGCCGCCUAUUAUGGAUACGCAGCACCAGCUUAUUAUGCUUGGGGAUCCAACAAGGGAGCUGCUCCAGCUCCUCGUCAAGCUCCAGUCAAACCAACUUUGACAACAGAUAACUAG